CCUGUUUAUGCCUUUAUCCAGUUUAUCCCAUCAAAGGAUAUGAAAUGGGAACCACUAGCACUUGGGCAGACUCCAGUCCCAGUCUUUAAUACCGUUGCUACAGACCAGUCAGAGAACCAUUCCUAAUACCAGGGAGACUUCAAGAUGGCAGCAGUAGUAGAACUCAACCACAUCCUUUCAACAUCUGAAUCAGCAGAGGGAGAUGGCAACAAACUCAAGUUUCACCCAGGGAUGUUCCUAGAGCCUCAAGAGAAGAAAAUUGAUGUGAAAGCACUCGUAGUCAAGAAAGCAAAGAAAGCUUGCAGCUGUACUCCAGCCAAAGUUAAAGACCUAAUUUUCAGUUUCUUCCCUGUCUUGCAGUGGCUCCCCAAAUACAAGCUGAAAGAAUACAUCCUGGGGGAUGUAAUGUCAGGGUUGAUUGUGGGCAUCUUGCUGGUGCCACAGUCCAUUGCCUAUUCCCUAUUGGCUGGCCAGGAGCCUAUUUAUGGGCUUUACACGUCAUUUUUUGCCAGCAUUAUUUAUUUCCUGUUUGGAACCUCCCGUCACAUCUCAGUUGGCAUUUUUGGUGUGCUAUGCCUGAUGGUGGGACAGGUGGUAGACCGUGAGGUGCAGAGAGCUGGAUAUGACCUUGAAUCAAAUAUUCACAGUAGCCUUCAUAGAGACUUGGUAAUUGAUAUAAACAUCACAGCUUUGCCCAUGAACCAGACAUCACAACAGCUGUUAUGUGAUAAAAGUUGCUAUGCAAUUGCGGUAGGAUCCACCCUGACCUUCAUAGCUGGAGUUUAUCAGACCUUUAGCCAGCAGUCUCCACAUAGCACAUCUGCACUUCCCCUCUCCAGCUUCAUACCAAGACCAGGUAGAGCAACACACACCUUCCAUGCCUCAGUGGGGUGUGUAAAUGGCCAGCACAGUUGCAGUAACUCCACUUCUUACCAUAGGGUUGCAAUGGGCUUCUUUCAGGUGGGCUUUGUCUCAGUGUACCUCUCCGAUUCCUUGCUCAGCGGGUUUGUCACAGGUGCCUCCUUCACAAUCCUGACCUCCCAAGCCAAGUAUCUCCUAGGCCUAGACAUUCCACGCAGCAAUGGCAUUGGCUCCCUCGUAACCACCUGGAUAAAUAUCUUCAAAAACAUACACAAGACCAAUAUUUGUGACCUCAUGACCAGUGUCUUGUGCCUUCUUGUUCUUGUCCCAACCAAAGAGAUGAAUGAAUACUUCAAAUCCAAACUCAAGGCUCCAAUACCCAUUGAACUGGUGGUGAUUGUGGCAGCUACACUGGCAUCUCACUUUGGGAAACUGAAAGAGAACUAUGGCUCCAGCAUUGCUGGACACAUUCCAACUGGAUUUCUGCCACCCCGUCCACCUGAUUGGGACUUGAUUCCCAGCGUGGCUCUGGAUGCUGUUGCUAUUGCUGUUAUUGGCUUUGCCAUCACUGUGUCCCUUUCAGAGAUGUUUGCCAAGAAACAUGGUUAUACAGUUAAGGCCAACCAAGAAAUGUAUGCUAUUGGCUUCUGCAAUAUUAUUCCUUCUUUCUUCCACUGCUUUACAACCAGUGCAGCUCUUGCCAAGACACUUGUCAAAGAGUCAACAGGCUGCAGAACUCAGAUCUCCAGUGUGGUGACUGCACUGAUCAUCUUGUUAGUCCUGCUUGUGAUUGCCCCUCUGUUCUAUUCCCUUCAGAAAUGUGUGUUAGCAGUCAUAACUAUAGUAAACCUUAGAGGAGCCCUGCGGAAGUUCAGGGACCUGCCCAAAAUGUGGUGUUUGAGCAAGGUGGACACACUGAUUUGGUUUGUUACUAUGAUAGCCUCCGCACUGGUAAGUACUGAGAUUGGCCUGUUGGUUGGUGUCUGCUUCUCUAUGCUGUGUGUUAUUUUUCGGACUCAAAGGCCAGAAGCAGCACUGCUUGGCUGGGCAGCUGAGUCUGAGGCAUAUGAAUCCCUAUCUUCUUACAAGAACUUGCAGACUAAACUGGGCAUCAGGGUUUUCCGUUUUGAGGCACCUCUUUAUUACAUCAACAAGGAAUGCUUUAAAUCUGCAUUGUACAAGAGGACUGGAGUCAACCCAGCUUGGGUGAAGGCAGCAAAGAAAAAAGCAGAAAAGCAAAUGCUGAAAGAGAAGAUGAUGAAUUCUGAGGGCAAACAAGAUGACAUCUCAGUGCAGCUUGUCUCUGAACCCUUGGACUUCCACACCAUAGUGAUUGACUGCUGUGCAGUGCAGUUCUUGGACACAGCAGGGAUUCGCACACUCAAAGAGGUCUGCAGAGAUUAUGAGGAGAUUGGCAUCCAGGUGUUGUUGGCCCAGUGCAACCCCUCUGUGAGGAGUUCUCUGCAACAGGGAGAGUACUUUAAGAAGGGGAAAAGGCAUCUUCUCUUCCACAGUGUGCACCAGGCUGUGGACUUUGCACUUGGUGCACAUAUACAAAAUGGGAGCUGUGCUUCCGACUCAUAGUGCUGGGAAGGCAACAGUCAGGGCAGGAUCAGGAAAAACAUGUAGGUGUGAAUGUAAUGCAUAUACACUCAGGCAGGUAAAAGUACUCCAAGAGCAGGGUUGCUAUUAAUAUACAGUUGAGUUCACAGAGUGCUCUGCUGCUUCAGUUUACCCUGCUAGCUAGGGUGAUUAUCUAAGUAGUGCUGAAUGCAGGCAUCUGUAACAUGAUCAUGACUCACCUACAAAACCCAUUUUAUUCAUGAUUCUUGUGUGUGUCCCUCUCAUCCUUCCAUGUAAUUAGGGCCAAAGAAGGAGCAGCUAGGAUCAAAAAACCUGUCUGGCUUGGAGUCUGAUAUGACAUCACUUGCAAUGGCUUUGACUCCCAGGGGUGGGAGAUGUGGGGAUGGUUCAGAGUGAAAUGGUUUUAAGUUGCAAGCACCUCUCACCCAAAGUUGCCUUGCUAACUGGUGUCUGUCAAUGUAAUGCAGCUAGAUAAGGACUGGAGGAAUGGUUCUCUCAUUUACACACCUUCCUGUAUGUUUAUUUGUUACGAUAGAUCUUUGCAGGUUGAAUUCCUUUGGAUAAUCUAGACUGAGCUUUAUUAAAAGUUUUUCAGAGCACAGUACUGCAGAGCAGGACUGCAGAAGGGAAGCAAAGAGGCAGGCUUAUUGCAGCCUGACGUGCUUAUGUUUAGUCGUCACGUUUUCUAGUACAUUAGAGGAAAAGCAUAGAAAUUGGAUUAGAUAUUUUCCAUAUCUGUUAUCAUUUCCAGUAUGGGAUUGUCCCCUAAUCAAUUUUGUACACCGUGUGCAGCCCGAAUCACAGAAGUUAAGAAAUGGAAAAAGAACAGACUGUCAUUUAUUCACUUCAGUCUCACAGUUGGGGCUUUGUAGAGAAACACCAAACACUAGGAUAAAAAUCACAGGAGCUGGCAACACCAUAUAUGUUAACUCAGAAUCUUCCUAUCUUCUGGGACAUCUUACAGACGUUUAGGUAAGGUGUGAUGUGAUGAGGAUGUUGGAUAUAACAAGAAGGGAUACCUUGAUGAGCUUCUUCACAUAAGAGCUUUAGAGCUUUUUAUGCUGAAUAAUUCAUUCAAAUUAAUUUGAUUGCCUAGCAUAUACAAUACUGGUGCAAGAGAGCACGACACAUUAGAUUAGAAAGAAAUACCAUAUAGCACGAGAAAUAAAAGUGGGGAUUUGAAAAUAAGCUCUAUAGUAAUGUACGCUAAAAAGGCUCCUUUUUCAGAAGAUUUAAAACAUACAAGACAUCCGUGAUCUUCACAGAGAUCCCAUCCUCUGUAAGUCUGUGAGAGGGAGAUACAACUGAAAUUAAUCUCUUCUAAAGGCUUUGACUUGUGGCGGUUUAGAUAAGAACUCACAAUUGACCAGACCCUGUUGCCAGGCAAUAGAUUCCAUGAACACGCUCCCUCCAAUUAUGAUUUAAAUGAAACUCCAGGUUAACUUCCAUGGCAGUGUUAGACUUCCCCUUGCAACAAGAAACAAGAGGUCUAGCCUGAACAUCAGAGAGAAAAUAUUAUUUCUCCAAAGCAUUUAAAAAAAACUAAGCCUGCUUCCUUCUUCCACAGAAUUUGGGGUUUGUCUACGUGGGGGAAAAUCCCAGAUUUGAAGCCGCUAAUGGCUAUUCAGCAUUGACUAUCUGUGUAGGUUUUCUUAUUUGGCACCAAGAAUGCCCUUGUGUAACAUAGGUUAAUCUCUCCCAAAGUAAAUUAAACUGCACAAAUCUCUCAGUGUGGAAUAUGAGUUUGUACAGGAAAUAUGAGUGUCUGUAUAGGGAAUUAAUGCAGAAUAGCACUUGCCUUUUAAAUUCACAUCAUAGAUGUUUCACACUGCAUUUGCUAUGUAGACAACCAGUAGGUAAGUUUUAUCCUAGGUACAACUACACGGAAGUAAUAGUAGUCAGCAUUUUCCAGCAGAGGGCUCUGCCUGUUCACAUGUCAUAGAAAGAAGAGGCCAGCAGCAUAGAUGGAAACAGGCAGAUGCUAAGCACCAGAAGAGACAAAAAGGAUGGUAAGCAGUGAAAUACAUGCGAGCCCUGUAUCAGUCAGCACAGAGGCGUGAUGGAAUUACUCUUCAUAGUUUCAUGAAGUGUGAUUGGAAUUUUGAUUUUAAACAAAACCACCCAACUUAAAGCUGUUUAAUUAAAACACUCUUUAGAAGAGUAUCAUAUUUCAACUUAUCAGAACAGAGCUGAAGAAAUGCAGCUCUGUUGUGCUUUCACUUCUCGGUAGGCAUGCGAUUUCCACAGACCUGCACAACGCUUGUUCAGAACUGUUGCAUAUAGUUUUCCCAAAAGUACCAUAAACACUCUCAGGAAAUCCAUUUUUGAGGCAUUAAUAUAUAUUAUGUUUAAAACACAUACAGAACUAAUUUAUGCUCAUCUAAGCCAAGAUGCCUGUUAUUUGGCCACAGGAAGUGCCAAAACAAGACAAAAUAAGCUUGCUAAUGAAAAAACCCACCAUUUGAACACAUCUGUAUAAUGCAAAUAUAUCCUGAAGGCCAUAACUUAUGGACAUGUUUUAGAUUAAUACACCAAAACCCAGUGAGAAGAGAACUGGAGCUGGGGCUGGGAUCUUGCAGUGGUGACAGUGGAUUGCAGCUGUGCCCGGCUCCGGACCACGCUGUCACUGCUGCAAGAUCUCAAAAGCUUACGAAGCUUAUGAAGGCCUGCGCCUCUGGAGCAGCUCCCCUGCCCAGCUGGGUGCCUUUCCAUGGAAACCGUGGCCCCACAUUGACACAGCCCCACCACUUCUGGGGUCUCCGUAGAAACCAGCUGCAGCAAUGCAGGCAGAGGCUGCUGGGAAAUGGAGUCUGCCAUGGGCCUCAUCCAGCCCACGGGCCAGACUUUGCCUGCCCCUGUAUUAGGUGAACACUAGGUUUUAGCAUUUCAUAUAUUCAUCUCAGCUGUGAUCUUUUAAAGCAAUUUUGUUUUAUAAAGGAGCUUUAGCUUAACACACACACUGCCAAUGCAUAAUGAAUACUAUAUGCAGGUGUAUGUUCUGAAUAUUUUUGUGACAUAUUUAUUCCAGUGCUGCAAAGGAAUCAUCCUGAGCCAUAUGAAUAUCAUACCAUUUAGAAUAAAUAGUUGCUAUCAGGCAUGAAGUAUCCAGAAGGAGAAUGAGUGACUUAAAUACCAUUGCUUGCCUUCUUGCAGUUCCUUUGUUCUAAACCUGCAUAACUGUUCAGCCAUUAGUGGUACACAGUAAAAGGAAGGAGAAAAUAGUUUCUUUGAGCAGUCUGUAAGUAGUUGAGUACAUGUCCUCUGUUUUAGAUUGUGGCAUUAAUUCCCAGCAGUACCGCCAAGACUCUUGGCCAGCUUGUUAAUUCAGCUAAAUUGGCCCAACUCCAUUUGACUUGAACAGAGAAAGGUUGAUUUACGGCAGCUGUGAUUCUAGCCUUCUGAUGCCAGAAUGAUCAAAUCCAGCAAUCACCAAUCAGAGGUUUAGAUAAUGAGACAGUUAACUCAUUCACUCAGGAUAAUGACACAACGUUAUGGAAAUUAAUAUUCACAGCCUCAGUUAUAAACUUGUCAAGUGUCUUUUUACUUGUAUAGCUCCUAUUUAUAGCAGUUUCAACUGCUCCUAAUAUAGCUUUUGCACUAAAGUGUUUACCUUGUUUAAAUGUUUUCACAUUCAAACAAUUUUCAGUCUACUUAACAAAAAUGACAAAUGCAUUGCAACAUGUUACAUGGGACUAAUUUUUAUCCUGAAUUUAUGAGAGCAUAGUAAACCUUGAUCUUGUACUUUUUAAUGACUCUGCCUGGAUAGUAUCAUUGUAAAUCACUCUAGCCAUAUCCAUUAUUCUCUAAUUCAGUGCAAGAUAUGGAUCUUUGGCCGUUCUGGUAUUUUCUUCCAGACAUAGCAUAGGACUGACUGUAAGUGAGAGAACCAUUGUUUUUGGGUAUGAUACUGUUACCUGUGACCCUCAACCAUAUCUAACGGUAAGGUAUAAAGCUGGUGGGCAGUCAAGGAGUUAAAAAGAAACAAAAUAUUAAACCAUUACCUGAAUAAAAGAGGGAGGAAACCCCAGGAUGGCUGUUAAGGAGUUCCAGCUCUGGACUUACCAUUACUUAUACUUUUGCACUACCUUUCCCAUUUACCAUAUUUCCUUGCAUAACCCCUACCACCAAGAGAGGACACGCAGCUUGUUUCAGGAAGGCAGACCAAAGGAAAACAUACUUUUUGUCCUGGCUUCAGGGGAUCCUGACUUCAGUGGCAGUAGCUGUGCGAGAGUUAACACUGUAGCCCUGACCUUGAAGGGUGAAUGCCAUCCCCUCUAUCACUGAGGCUGGCAAAGGCAGAAGCACAGCAGCCAUCUUGUGGCAGUCUCUCCAUGCUUCUAUUCCCAUGAAGAAAAAAAAUCAGCCUCUCUGUUGAAGAUGUGCACCCCAUUUUGUAGGACUGAUUUGGGGAGAACAGUGCAUUUAGUCUGCAGGUAAAUACAGUAGAUCAGAGGGCAUACUUUAUUUCUUUACUCAGUUAAUUCCUAAGGAUUUGAGAAGAGUUACAAUGCACAUAAAUAAUAACACCUAUUAGAAAAAUAAAAAGGCUAAGUGUCUUUAUUGUGGAGGCAACUAGAAAAUUGCUGUCUCCAUGUCUACAAAGCUAUGUGCCUUCUUCCAGUCACUGCAAUAAUGAUCGUUACAGUUCAGUGCUUCUGUGCAAGUCACAGUGCCUCAUGCAUACUAGGUACAGGAGAGUUUUGUUAUUUUAAGGCUUGUUCAUCUCUGAUGUAUUUUUCAGUAUAGUUCUGCACUGUCCAUUCUGCCAGCCUGGGUUGCUGGGCUUGCAUUGUUACUGCACUCCUCAGCCUGCAGCAGCUUAUAGACAGUUACUGCCAAAAAUUCAAUGGUACCUCUACGCUGACACAUUGCUGCCUGAAUAACUUACAGAGAAGUCAUCAAGACUCAUUUGAAGAUGAUGAGUCUGAAAUGCAAAAUCUAAUGUUGCAGGGAGAAAGGUACUUCCAAAUGAGACUGGUACCCAAAGGCCUUCAAUUCUAUUAGCAUCUCCACCUGUCUUCCAUUGUCUUGUGCAGAACACUGCUGUGAAUUCUGCCUGCAGGGAUCAAUGAUCUCCAUUUCACUCUAGAAAGAGACUGUAGAAAUGUAAGCACAAAAUGUCUGUCAGGUCAUUCAGUGAAUCUGCUCAGCCAGUGUGAGACUCCUUCAAGGGCACUUUCUGGUGCGUUUUUCUUUCAGCCAUGAAAAAGCCAAUGAUGUAGUGACCAAAGCUUAUGAAGGCCUGACAAAGAUUAAUGCCUUGCUUACACUGUCAAGGUUUUGCUGGCAUAGCUAUGUUUGUUACAGGUGUGAUUUUUUUAAACCAGCAUAGUAAGUUUCUUCAUACCAAUAUAACUUAAUUUACUUUGCUAAAUGUGAUUGUGCAGUACCAAUACAUACUUUUUUUAUAUGAAUAUAGCUUUGUUCUACAAAGGGAGUUUUGCUGCUUUUAUUGUGCUGGCAUAGUCAAAAUAGCAAAAUCCGGCAUUAUAAAUGUGCCUUACUUAAUGUAUUGUGCACAAGUUUGCAAAACUUUUCUCAGUGUGUAAAUUUAAAUAUAUUUGUAAUUCUUUGCAACAUCAGUUCCUAACACAGUUCAUUGUCUGAUCCUCUCUGUUCCAAACACAACUUCAGCCUGAUGUGGAAACCAGUUUGGGGGCUCAUUUUUUUUAAUUUUGAUGCUACUAAAUACUGGAAAAAUCAAACCAGGGAUCAGGUCAAAUAUUUGAUAUUUAUACAUACCAACUUAAUGGUAUGAUAUCGUUAGUACUUUUGUACUUGAUACUUUAUAGAUAAUGGGGAAUAGAUAAUGAAUAGGCUGCUCUGCUAUUUCUCUAAACUGGAGGCAUAUAAAAUGUUAGUGAAUUUUAUGGAGAGUAAUGUUUGUAUUGGGUAGGCUGAGUUUUUAACAGUUAACAUAGCUUUAGAAAGAAUAUAAACUUUUAUAGGGGGAACGCAGGUUGAUAAACAGUCAAAGGCAGUUAAAACUUCACAUCUCCUGGUGAUUUUGAGAGGCUUAUAACUUUCUUAGUUCAUUGGAUUUUUUAAAUAUUUGAAUGUUUUUUAAGAAUAUAGAUAUUUAAAAAAAAAUCAUCUCUGAGAUGCUGUACCAGAAAACAAUUCAAACAAAACCAAGUUUUCCUACAAGUGACCUAAGCAAACAAUAUCUCAAGGAUCUAAAUGUUACAUAUGAGUAGAUCUAAUUUUGUAAAGGAUGUUAUUUUUAAAAACAAGUUUUGAAAUGUGGUAUAGUUUGUACCAAAUGGCUGAAUAUGGUUUUACUGUGAAUUACUUGUACAAGAGAAAUGUUGUAACUAACACGACAAUCUGAUGCUUACCAGAAAUCACAGAAGAAUUUAGAUGGCUAAAUAACAAAGAAUAGAUGAAAAGGUAUCAUGUUCUCUUGUUUCAUUCCAUUUUGUGUGCGCAUUUUAUUAACAUUAUUAACGUGCAUAAAUGGAGUAAAAGGUCUGCUGUUUCCUUCUGAAGUGCUGUACAAAUUGACCAGACAUUUGUAUAAUGAAAGUUUACUUUAUCAGUCUCUGUAUUUUGUCUUGCUGUAGAAAACUUGUUACAAACUGUGCUUUGGAUAUUGUCAAACUGUCUAAAUUAACUUUGUGCCUUAUUAUGAAGUUACUAUGGGAAAGCUAGGAACAGCAUUCUAUCAGUCCAAUAAUUUUCUUGUAAACUCUUUUUUUACCUUCAUUAAAGGAUG